CUGCCCCAUUUCUUUUACUCACUCGUUGGAGACCAUCUCUGCAACCCUGUAGACACCAUCCUUGUGUCUUUCUCGCUCUACGGAAACCUUAACUUUCUCUUUCUAAAAACCCAGAAAAAAACCCUAACUUUUUUCCAUAAUCAGUCAAAGAAACCCGCACUCUUGUUUCAUUCGAAAUCCGUACAAGAAACCUUCAAUUUUUCUUCCUGUAGGUCCAUUUCCAGUAACUCUUACUCUUAUCUGUCUAAAAGUCGCCGAUUCUUAUCUUCUUCCUCUCAAGAUAAAAAAUGGCAGAGAUCAAAACGAUGCCGUUAAUGACUAGCAACAAUGCGAACAUCGGGGUCCCGCAGAAGACCAUAGAAGAAACCUACCAGAAGAAGAGCCAACUGGAGCACAUCCUGCUCCGACCCGAUACCUACAUCGGAUCGAUCGAGAAGCACACCCAAAACCUCUGGGUCUACGAGGAUGAGAAAAUGGUGCACCGCCAGGUGACCUAUGUUCCAGGCCUUUACAAGAUCUUCGAUGAAAUCUUGGUCAAUGCUGCUGAUAACAAGCAGAGGGAUCCCACCAUGGAUUCCGUGAAGGUGGUGAUUGAUGUGGAAAACAAUUUGAUCAGCGUUUAUAACAAUGGCGAUGGGGUUCCAGUGGAGAUUCAUAAGGAGGAGGGCGUGCAUGUGCCGGAGUUGAUUUUUGGGCACUUGUUAACCAGCAGUAACUAUGAUGACACGAUGAAGAAGACCACCGGAGGGAGAAAUGGGUAUGGAGCCAAGCUUACAAAUAUUUUCUCCACAGAGUUUGUUAUUGAGACUGCUGAUGGGAAGCGGCAAAAGAAAUAUAAGCAGGUUUUCUCAAACAACAUGGGGAAGAAAUCUGAGCCUUGCAUUAAAAAAUGCAAGGAGGGUGAGAAUUGGACAAAGGUCUCAUUUAAGCCUGAUUUAGCAAAAUUUAACAUGACUACGCUUGAAGAGGAUGUGGUCGCUUUGAUGAAAAAGCGAGUUGUCGACUUGGCCGGUUGUCUUGGAAACACUGUGAAGGUUGAGCUAAAUGGGAAGCGGGUUCCUAUUAAAUCAUUCCAGGAUUAUGUUAAAUUGUACCUGGAGUCUGACUCAGAAUCCAAGGAUGCUCCUAAAAGCUUCUAUCAAAAGGUAAGUGAAAGGUGGGAGAUAUGCGUGAGUAUUACUGAGGGGCAGUUCCAACAGGUUAGCUUUGUUAAUGGGAUUGCAACAAUCAAGGGUGGAACUCAUGUGGAUUACAUCACUAACCAGAUUACUAAUUAUGUGGUGGGCGUUGUAAAUAAAAAGCACAAGAAUGCCAACAUCAAAGGGCACAAUGUGAAGAACUAUUUGUGGGUUUUUGUCAAUGCUCUCAUUGAUAAUCCUGCUUUUGAUUCUCAAACCAAGGAAACUCUGACUCUUCGUCAGAGCAAUUUUGGGUCCAAAUGUGAACUUCCUGAAGACUUUUUGAAGAAAGUAGCGAAGUCUGAUAUUGUGGAUAACCUACUGUCAUGGGCGAAAUUCAAGCAGGACAAAGAGCUUAAGAAAUCUGAUGGAACAAAGAGAGGGAGGGUUAAUAUUCCAAAGCUGGAGGAUGCCAAUGAGGCUGGAACAAAAAACUCUCAUAAAUGUACAUUGAUUUUGACAGAAGGAGACUCUGCAAAGGCUCUUGCUAUAUCUGGUUUAGGUGCGCUGCCCCAAGAGAUUCGGGACCUGUAUGGUGUGUUCCCUUUGAGAGGUAAAUUACUCAAUGUACGGGAAGCCACCUCUAAACAGCUUAAUGAGAAUAAGGAAAUUGAAAGUAUCAAGAAGAUUCUAGGGUUACAGCAAAAUAAGCAUUACGAUGGUGUCAAGCCUUUGAGAUACGGUCAUCUGAUGAUAAUGACAGACCAGGAUUAUGAUGGCUCUCACAUUAAGGGCCUGUUGAUCAACUUCAUUUAUUAUUUCUGGCCAUCAUUACUGAAAGUUCCAUCUUUCUUGCUUGAGUUUAUAACUCCUAUUGUGAAGGCAACUCAUAGCAAUGGAAAUGUUUUAUCCUUUUAUACCAUGCCUGAGUACUAUUCAUGGAAGGAAAGUUUGGGGAAUGCAAGUGGCUGGACUAUCAAGUACUAUAAGGGGUUAGGAACAAAUGAUAAAAGAGAAGGGAAGGAAUAUUUUAGAGAUAUUGAGAAGCACAAGAAAGAUUUUAUUUGGGCAGAUGACCAAGAUGGGAAUGCAAUAGAGCUUGCAUUCAGUAAGAAGAAGAUCGAAGAAAGGAAGAAUUGGCUUCGACAAUAUCAGCCUGGCACUCACCUUGAUCAGAAAAUGAAGCUCAUAAAAUACAGCGACUUCAUUAACAAGGAGCUUAUUUUGUUUUCUGUGGCUGAUGUCCAAAGAUCUAUUCCAUCUAUGAUUGAUGGUCUGAAGCCAGCUCAAAGGAAGAUCCUUUUCAGUUGUUUCAAGAGGAAUUUGGUCAAAGACAUAAAAGUUUCCCAGUUUCAAGGUUAUGUAUCCGAGAAGGCUGCUUACCACCAUGGUGAUCAAAGUCUUAAUGGUACAAUCAUUGGCAUGGCACAGAAUUUUAUUGGCAGUAAUAACAUCAACCUUCUUGCACCAAAAGGGCAAUUUGGCACUCGUUGCAUGGGAGGCAAAGAUCAUGCAAGUCCAAGGUAUAUUUUCACUUGUCUUUCUCCUAUUACAAGGUUCCUAUUCCCCAAGGAUGAUGACAAAUUUCUUGACUACUUAGAAGAAGAUGGUCUUUCUAUUGAACCCACAUGGUAUGUCCCAAUUAUACCCCUUGUUCUUGUGAAUGGUUGUGAAGGAAUUGGCACUGGCUGGAGCACUUCCGUUCCCAAUUAUAACCCAAGAGAUAUUGUUGCAAAUGUGAGGCGCUUGUUGAAUGGUGAAUCAAUGGAACCUAUGCAUCCUUGGUAUAGGGGGUUUAAAGGAACAAUUGAAAAAGGUGCAUCAAGGGAAAGCGGGGUUACCUAUACAGUCAAUGGACUCAUGGAGGAAGUGAAUGAAACAACACUUAGGAUCACAGAAUUGCCAAUCCGUAGGUGGACUGAUGAUUACAAGGAAUUUCUGAAUUCCAUGGUAGAAGGUACUAGAGAUGAGAAGGGCAACUUACCCAAGGAUGCGUUUAUCAAGGAUUUCAAGAAAUAUGGAGAUGAUGAAACUGUAUGUUUUGAAGUGCUCUUGUCAGAGGAGAAGAUGAAGGAAGCCAAGGACGAGGGUUUACUUAAGAAAUUUAAACUAACUACUUCAAUCAGCACAAAUAAUAUGCACCUCUUCGAUCAAAAAGGCAUGAUUAAGAAAUAUGGCAGCCCAGAAGAAAUUCUUGAGGAAUUUUUUCACUACAGGUUUGCUUAUUAUGAAAAAAGGAAGACAUUAAAACUUGCUGAUUUGGAAAAGGAGUUGCUGAAAUUGGAAAACAAAGUGAGGUUUAUCCUUGGAGUUGUGAAGGGGGAAAUUGUAGUGAGCAAUAGGAAGAGAGCUGAUCUGCUCCGGGAGCUACAACAGAAAGGUUUCACUCCUUUCCCAAAGAAUAUAUCUGCCGAAGCAGUGGUUGCUGGGGCAGCUGAUGAUACAGAAGAACCAGAAGAGAGCAUAGAUGAAACGGAAGCAAACCCCAAGAAUGUACAGGCUAGUGACUACGAGUAUCUGCUUUCCAUGCCUAUUGGAACCUUGACCCUUGAGAAGGUUCAAAAGUUGUGCGAUGACAAGGAUAAAAUCAAUGAAGAAGUUAUAAUUUUGAGAAACACAACUCCAAAGGAUUUAUGGAUGAGAGACCUUGAUGCUUUUGAGAGCCAACUUGAAAAAUUUGAAGCUGAAGAAAGGGAGGAAAGGCAGAAGUCAACAAGUGAAGUAAAUGGUCAAGGUGGUUUUAGGGUUUCAAGACAAGCACCAAAAAAUCCAAGAAAGUAUAAUAAGACAGGCAAAAAUGCAGUAGCUGCAGAAACCAUGGGAAAAUCAACCAGUGCUUCAAUGGAAACAGAAACCGCUCCUGAGGUAGUAAAACCAAGAGGAAAAGCAGGUUCAAGGAAUGCUCCUGCUAAAAAGGUAUGUCUUGCUUCUUAUAUGAUCAUAAUUAGAUCUCAAACAACUUAA